AGAAGAAGGCAGUUUUGAGACAGGUGGAGUUGGAUCAAGCUGUGAAAGUGAUUUGCUUGAAGCUGGUUGACCAUGAUCCGUCAAACUCUCUGAAAGACCAGCGUGGACAUGGGUGCUCUGACCUGCUAAUGGGGACAUGGGACUCACGUCGUCAUUGAUCAUUUGUGUGGACUCAACCAGCGAAGAGCAACAGAAGACGCCAGAAAGACAGUGGGCAUUAUAGCAGUUUUUCAGGUCACCAAAUCUUGUUAUUUUAAUUUCUGUCUGGAAGAAUGUCUGAGCAAGGUAAAUUGAACCAGGAGACAGCAGAAGAAGCUGGGAAAGAGCAAGACACUGCCAUCUCCGAUGCGAACCCAGACAACUGUAUCCUUAAUAAAUCAGAAAGCUCGGAAGUAGAGGAGAAGGAGGAGAAGCUGAGCGAUGCCAAGACAGAGCUGCAGAAACGAGGUGCAAAUCAGAACCAGCAGAAAAAGAGAUCCAAGUCAGGAGCUAAAGGAAAACUCGUCCGGAGUCUUGCUGUGUGUGAAGAAUCAUCCCCUCGCCCGGGAGUGGAAAAUCUUCAUGAUAAUCAGGAAUCAAUCCAACUGCAGCUUUCAAGUUUUCCUAGCUUGCAAGAAGAAGAUAAAUCUAAUAAACAUGACUCCGAGAAAGAAAAAGAGAAGGAUAAAAAUAAAGAAAAAGAUAAAAACAGUGAAAAGAACAAGAUCAGAAUGUUAACAAAAGAUUGCAGUCAAGAGUAUACAGACUCAACAGGCAUAGAUUUGCAUGAGUUCCUCAUUAACACAUUAAAGAAUAACCCCAGGGACAGAAUGAUCCUCUUGAAAAUGGAACAGGAAAUUAUUGAUUUUAUUAGUGACAACAAUAAUCACUAUAAAAAGUUCCCUCAGAUGUCAUCGUAUCAGAGGAUGUUAGUGCACAGAGUGGCAGCUUACUUUGGAAUGGAUCACAAUGUGGAUCAGACUGGAAAAUCUGUAAUUAUAAACAAGACCAGCAAUACAAGAAUACCAGAGCAAAGGUUUUCUGAACAUUUAAAAGAUGAAAAAGGUGAAGAAUCCCAGAAGCGAUUUAUCUUGAAGCGAGAUAACUCUAGUAUUGAUAAAGAAGACAAUCAGCAAAACAGAAUUCUUCCAUUUAGAGAUGACAGACGAAGUAAAUCAAUUGAAGAGAGAGAAGAGGAGUAUCAGAGAGUGAGGGAGAGAAUAUUUGCACAAGAUUCAGUUUGCUCCCAGGAAAACCUUUUUGUGGAAAACAGUAGGCUGUUGGAAGACAGUAGUAUAUGCAAUGAUACCCAUAAGAAAAGGCAGCUGUUUAGGGGUAACAGAGACAGCUCGGGGAAGGCAUCUGGCAGUCGGCAGAGCAGCACGGAGAAUGAAUUGAAGUGGACAGACCACCAGAGACCAUGGAGCAGCACGGACUCGGACAGCUCCAAUCGCAAUUUGAAGCCAGCCAUAACAAAGACAGCCAGUUUCGGUGGGAUAACCGUCCUGACGAGAGGAGAUAGCUCGUCAAGUAACAGAAGUACCGGCAAACUGUCUAAAACAGGCUCAGAGUCUUCCAGCAGCGCUGGCUCCUCAGGAUCCCUGUCACGACUACAUCAGCCUCUCCAAAGUGCAUCUCUCAUCCCUGGGGUGACAGCCAGCUCCUCAGGCAGCGUGUCCUACCCUGAGAAUGGGAUGAGUGGCCAGGUGGCCCCCAGCAACACCAGCUAUAUCAUUCUUCCACUUGAAGCUGCAGGGAUACCGCCGGGCAGUAUCCUUCUCAACCCACACACAGGUCAGUACGAUGCUCUUCAGCCUGGUACCUGCCCUUUGGUGUUUCUGAUGUCAAUUGGAAUUGGAAAAUUUCAGGAAAUUUCGUGUUUCUAG